UUCCGGUAUCCCUCUAAUGACGAUGUUGUCUGAUCCCUUACUUGAGGGUCCCUAAUACCUAACCUAAUAAUCUACUGUCUGAUAAGAAAUUCUCGAGAAAUUCUGAAAAUUACUGCUUUUCUGAUUUUUAGUUUGUAUCAUGCCAUAUAACUAUUGUGUUAUUCCUAAUUGCGUUCAAAGAUAUAAGUGCAGUAAGAAAUCAGUAUUUCGAGUGCCAAGUAACAUUAAACAACGCGAAGAAUGGAUUGUAUUAAUUCAGCAUGCAUAUCAUGAUAUAAGAAUACCUAAAAUUUUCCUCGUUUGUGAGGAUCAUUUUAAGGAAAAUGACAUUAUAACAAGAAAAGUGAUUAAGAAUUCGGAUGGAAAAGUAAUAUUUGAGCGAAAAUUAAUAAGAAAAAGAUUAAAAGAUGGAGCUAAUCCUUCCUUUACGUGUUCGCAAAAAAGAGAGAUUUUGAAUAUUGACAGUGAACAGCAGCAAAUAGAUCAAGUCGAUGAAGGAAACUUAAUAGAAGACAGCAGAUCAAAUCAGGAUAACAGUGAUACAACUUUAACAAUUGAUCGAGAUAGUGAAGGAAGCUUGAUAGAAGAUGGUACAUCAAAUCAGAAUAGCAGUGAUGUACCAUCUUUACCUGUAGCUUUGAAUUUACAAUUACAACCAACCUCGCCUAUGUAUUGUGAAGAGCAACAAUUAUUAAUCGAGAAACAGAAUAUUUUUCAAAAAUUAUUACACAAUGAAAUUCAAGUUAACUUGCCCGACAUAACAUGGGGAUUUCAUCGCACUUUUGAAUUACGUCCACAAAUGUUAUUCACUCAAGCAAACAUGUCCAAGGAAAAAAAUAUGAUUAUAAUAAAACAAGUUAUAAUUUACGAAAAUUUACAAUAUAAAGUACUGUUUUUCAAUAAAGAAGCGCUAUUAGGCCAACAUAUAUUAGGAAAUCUAAAUGACAUAAAUUUACUAUUACAACAUGCACACAAUUUGGCUUUAUGUCAAGGAGGCCCGGUGAUUAACAAUUUCAAAAAUAUUCAUUCACUAUGUGCUAUACAAGACAACAUAACUAAUACGUGGCGACAUAAAAAAUGUCCUAUACAGACUUCUGGAGAAGAAGUAUGCAAGUUUUGUGUAUCUUUAUACAAAUCUUUACAACAAAAUGCUGUUCGUAAUGAGCACCGUAUUUCCAAAAAGAUAGUACUUACACCUUCCACUCAUAAGAAAGUAAUAGCAUUAAGGGCUGCUAAAUGAGUUAAAGUUCAAACAGU